CACACAAUCAACAAAUCUUCCAGAGAGAAAAAAAAAAAAAAAACUCUUUUUCUGAGUAAACAUGAAUUCCAUGUUCAGUAGCUUUGAUGCGUUUUGCGCCGAGUUCUUGGGGCAGAAGGUCAGGGCCUCCUUUGCUUCUUCCGCAAGUUCUGGUGGAAGCAACCUGAUCAGCAAUCGGAAGGCGGUGGAGACGGAGAACGGUGCCCGGAAGCAAGAGGCGAAGGCUGAGAAGAAGCGGCAACAAGCUGCACCGAGGUAUGCGGUGGAAUUCGACGGACUUAACUUCUUUGAGACUCUCGUCUCGCAUUGAUCCGUACCGUUUGGAUCCACGCCUCUUCCGUUGCUCUUGGAUUGAAGCGAAAAGGAGUUAAGAGUUGGAGAAAUAGAUAUCAUACUGUAUAAGAACAAGAAAACAAAAGUUUAUUUAUUCAUAUCUUUGUAAGCAUCUGAUUUAGAAAAUUAACUGAAAUUCAUUCAAUUCAAUAUUGAAUUCGGCUCUUCUUCCUGUGGAUCUAUACGUUCCAUAGAAUUUUUU